AUGUCCGACAACGAGGAAGACGUGUUGGAGGAGGAAGAGCAGGAUACUCAGGAUCCUGUAGAGGAGGCUGCUGAGGAUGCCGAAGCUGGAGAAGAGGAGGACAAGGAAGAAGAAGAGAAGGAAGAAGAAGAGGAGGAGGAGCCAGAGAAAGAGGAGCCACCACCCCACAUGCCGCUCACUGAAGAAAUGCUGAAGGAAGGACUGUCCCUUCUAUGUAAGACAGGAAAUGGUCUUGCUCAUGCAUUCGUCAAGCUGGAAGUUAAAGAUAAAGAGAUCACAGACAUCUCCAUCCUGCAAUCGUUUAUACAUUUGCGCUAUGUGGAUCUCUCCCAGAAUGCUCUGCAGGAUCUCUCGUCUCUGAGCGCUCUCACCCAUCUCCUGAGCCUACGUGUAGACCAGAACAAGCUGGUUAGUGCCAACGGCCUGGGAGAACUACCCUACUUACAAAUAGCCAGCCUGGCGUCCAACAACCUACAGACCCUCCAGGGGCUUUCCCACCCGCGACUGGAGUCCCUCAACCUUAUGGGGAAUAAACUACGUACAUUGGAGAGUCUCAACUGCAUUAAACUAUACAGUCUGCACACUCUGGAAUUACGAGCCAAUCAGCUGCAGAGCACAACCGGACUUUACCUUCCAAACCUGCGGAACCUAUACCUGGCACAGAAUAAUAUAAAGUCAUUGGAAGGAUUGGAGCACCUUGUCAGUCUCACCAGCCUUCAUCUGAGAGACAACCAGCUGGCGACCCUGGACGGCUUCUCAGAGAAAAUGCAAGCUCUUCAGUACCUGAACCUCCGAGGUAAUCUGGUGCCCAAGUUACAAGAAGUAGAGAAGCUAAAAGUUCUCCCCAUGCUGCGAGCGCUGGUUCUGAGGGAGAACCCAGUUGAGGAGGAGGAUGGUUACCGUCUGGAAACUCUCAUUGCUUUGCCGAACCUGGAGAGGCUUGAUAAAGAUUUCUUCGAGGAGGAAGAACGAACAGAAGCUGCAGAGACCAGGCAGAGCCGGCUGGAGGACGGACUAAAUAUAUAA